UCUUAUACGAGAGGGAGGCAGGACGGCUGGGAGACUGGCAACAGGUCUCACUGCUCUGGGGGACAAACUGUACGUCAGUCAACAAAAAACUAUUUCAAUAAAUCUGCACAGAGACAUUAUCUCACAUGGAUACGGUCAUCAGUUAGUGACUAACAGCUGGUUCCUCGUUUUAUGUGGUUUGGCUUUUAUAAAGGAGGACACAUUUUCAGAGGAAUAAUAAAGAUGAUUAAGGACAUGAUUCAGCACGCCAAGAAACAUCCAGGGUUAAUCCCUCAGUUUUUCUUCACGACUCUGGGCAUCUCAGGUGCCACGCUCUACCUGAUCCGUCUGGCAAGAGGGCCCCAUGUCACCUUCUGGGACAAAAAGAACAACCCUGAGCCCUGGAACAAGCUCGAUCCGACCUAUCAGUACAAGUUUGUUGCCAUCAACACAGACUACAAGAGCCUGAAGAAGGACGGACCCGACUUCUAAAGGUCCUCCAGGCACGUCCAGGGGCACCAAUUUCAGGAGGACCUCCACUUACAGCUGUCCCCUCACCUCAUGUAAAACUUCAUGCUCAUGUAACCCUGUGUGUACCUCUGCAACGUCAACUCUGAGCAAACAAUACAAAAAAGAAAAACAUUAAAAGAUGGUUCUAAUUUUAGAGCGAUCUGCUAUAUUUUGUAACAUUCAACUCAUCAGAUGAAGCUUAUGGAAGACAGUAUAAAAUUACCUGUGCUUUAACAACCUUUACCUUUACAUGAAGAGUUCUGCACAUUUCAUUCACAAAGAGAAUUCUUUAUUAAAAUAUAAAUAAAUUCAAUGUAUAUUUGCUUAAUUAUGUUGCUUGUUGUAUUUAUAGAGUUUAGUUUGCCAUUCAUCAUUAAUAACCAAUAAUUUUUAAUGACUACUCAUGACUGUGUUUCACUGAUACAUGCGCUCUAUCAGACAGUUUUAAUGUUAGUUUAAUUAAAACAUAUUAUUUCCUCUGUCUCUCUCAGGUGCCGCUUCUCCAUUUAAUUAUUUCCUGCAGUAUUCAGUUUAUGAUGAAGUCAGUUGUGAGGUAUUAAAUCAAUAACAUUCGUAGCAUGUUCAUAUUUUGAGCAGCGACUUUCUUCCACAGAAAGGAGCAAAUAAUUGGACAUUUAUUAGAAUUUUCUUACUGGCCAACUUGGGUUUAUACAUACAGUAGAUAAGUCCAAAAUGAUUUAUUCCCCCUGGUUGAUGUUUGCUUAAACUGAUGUUUUAAUUUUACCAACAUGUUUCUUCUGAACAAUAUUAUUGCUUUGGUGUUGCCCAGUCAGACUUGAAACUGAAAGAGCCUCUGUGGAGGGAAUGAAGGAUUAGGGUUAUGGCAAAGAGCCUCUCCAACCUCAAACACUUGGAGCUCAUUGCUAAAUAAAACACCAGUGGAAACAUUCAAAAAGCUGCUCAAGAUUCAACUAAGCAGAGUUUAAUGGUAAUGUUUGAUGCAAUGCCAUCAAAUAUGUUUUCAUUGAUCAUUAAGAAAUAAUUUGACUUGCUAUUUUUAGCUUCAAUAUGAAAAAAAGAUGUUACUUAUAAUUUUGUAAAUACAAUUUUCAUUUGAAAAAUUAAAAAUCUGAAUCUCGUGAUUAAUUUUUGGCUAUAACUUUAAAAAGACUAGUGGCCUUUAUUCUUUGAAAGUUGGACAGAAAGUAGGACAGAGAAAGACGCAGUGAACGCCCAGGGAUGGGAUUUGAACUCGGAACCGCUGCAUGGUAAACUGUGGCACCAGCUCUACCACUGACCUUUAUGACACUCACUAAGACAUAAAUAUAUGCUUUUUUUUUUUUUUUUUUUUAGUAGAAGCUUCAUGAUAAAAGUUUAAUUUUUUUUUUAUUUUGAUGACUUUAUACUAUUCUUAAUUAUUUCUCAUUGUUACAUUACAAAAAGCACUGUUGGUGUCCUUUCAAAUGUAUCAGAAUAAACCCAAACUAAGGUUUGAUCCUUUUUAUACAUUAACCAUUAAAUAAUAAAAGAGGAAGGUAAACUGCUCACAUUAUGGCACAUUUGGUUUAUAUUCUGACUAUUUUCAGAGAAUACAGGCAAAGAUAUUUCUCUGCAUCAUUGUGCACAAAUUUUGAUUUUGUGUUCAAAGAAAAGAAAAAUGAGUUGAAGGAAUCAGGUGAUUUUUUUUUAUUGUGGCUUCAAACAUCUAUGUGAGCAAAAAUAAACCCUUCAGUGAAGUUUU